GUUGCAUCGUUGCAUGUUCCAUGGCAGUAGGCGACCCUGUGUUUUGUCAGGUAGAUAGGUUGCUCGUUCCUUCUUCGAACCUGAAUUUCAAUUCGAAAACCCGUCGAAUAAGAGGAAGUACGAUGUAUACAAUAUACAGCGGACAACGAAACUCGUGUCGAUCUUUUCGUUUAAGAAUCGUCUCGGUCCAAGUGGGAAAAAUCGCGCGCAUGUUUUAGGUUAAACCGUACGGAGUCGUUCGAGUACAUAACAAUGCGCUGCGUGAGAAAUUCAUACGGUGAAAGUCUGUUGGACGUCGUGCAAUCGGAAUUCCGACGAAGCGAACGUUGUCGCGGGCUCUUCGCCGCUUUCUGACCGCCUUCCUCUUUGAUCGUGCGUGCAUCUCAUCGUGUGCGUUUCGUUCGCGGUGCAACAACAGUCUGGUAGGGGGCAAGAGAGGGAGAGAGACAGCGAGAAACAGAGAGGGAGAAAAAUGCCGAGGAUGCUCGAGUGGCGAUGAUUCCGCUCAAAUUUCGCCGCUGUCCAAUUUCAUAUAGGAUUUCCCCGCAUUGCACAUGCAACGAGUGACGGUAAACAGAUUCACGUUCCGACGAACAUACGCGCUCGCGGAAUGGAAAUCUAACUGCUCUCCAAACUGUUUUCCUCCAUCGAAAGGAUACUAGAAUAAUUGAACAUGGCAGAUGAUGAGGGUACAGAAUGGCUGCAAGAACUGUUGCACGAUGUUCAACUUUCACAGUUUUUCACCAGAAUAAGAGAUGACCUACAAGUCACUCGACUACACCACUUUGACCAUGUACAACCGGAAGAUCUUGAACAGAUAGGAUUAGGAAAGCCAGGUAUUAGAAGAUUACUAGAAGCAGUGAAGAAAAAGAGAACUACGCAAUGGAAGAAAAGCUUGAUGACCAAGAUCAGGCCUGGGAGUAGCACAAAAAGCAAUAAAAGAUCUUCUCAACCAGUUGAAGGUUCCUCAGUGCUAACAUGUCUCAUUCAAGAUAAAGAUGUGACACUGUCUGAUAAACUGGGUGAUGGUAGUUUUGGUGUAGUGAGACGUGGACAAUGGACUUCUCCUUCUGGUAGGAUAUUACCAGUUGCUGUAAAAGUUCUGAAGGCAGAUGCUCUGACUCAGCCAAAUGUUAUUGAAGAUUUUGUGGCAGAAGUUCAAGCAAUGCACACAUUGGAUCAUCACAAUCUCAUUAGGUUAUAUGGAGUAGUGUUAUCACAACCGAUGAUGAUGGUGACAGAACUAGCCCCUCUGGGAGCCCUGCUCGAUUAUCUGCGAAAACAGUGCAGUCAAAUUUCAGUAUUAACGUUGUGUAACUACGCUUUGCAAGUGGUCACGGGUAUGGCAUACUUAGAAGCGAAACGUUUUCUGCACCGCGACUUAGCUUGUAGGAACGUUCUUCUAAGUUCAGUGGACAAAGUGAAGAUCGGUGAUUUCGGCCUAAUGCGAGCACUGCCGCAACAAGAAGACUGUUAUGUAAUGACUGAACAUAAAAAAGUACCGUUUCCUUGGUGUGCUCCAGAAUCUUUAAAAGCGCGUAAAUUCAGUCACGCGUCAGAUGUGUGGAUGUUUGGUGUGACAUUGUGGGAAAUGUUAACGUUUGGUGAAGAGCCGUGGAUAGGUUUAAAAGGAUCGGAGAUUCUUCGAAAAAUAGACAAGGAUGGUGAACGAUUACACGAACCAGAAGCAACACCACCAGAUAUGUACCAAUUAAUGCUCCGUUGCUGGGCUCGGGAGCCUUCAGAACGACCAACCUUCGCUUCUCUAAAAUCUUCUCUCACGGGAAUGGUCCCAACUGUGAUGAAAGCGAUCAGUCACUUCACGAUGGCUGGCAAAAUGACCAUAGAGCAGGGUGAUCAGAUAGUCAUUCUAGACGGACGGCCGGAGAAUUAUUGGUGGAAAGGUCAGAACCAGCGAAGUUUCCAAAUUGGGCUUUUUCCUCGUUGUUUCGUCGAUCCUAUGAGACGAAAACAGCGUGAGGACAUCAGCAAGCCGUUGGAGAAUUCUUUUAUCCAUACUGGUCAUGGUGCACCUUUUGGUAAAAGUUGGGGUAGUCCUAUUUACAUCGACGACGUGUAUCUUCGAAAUCCUAUGGAGCCACCUGACGUCGUUGGAGUAACUGUUCCUCCAGAUAGUCUCGUGAAGGAUAAAUACUGCGGUACACCAAGAUCGCGAAAACAGUUUAAUUAUACAAAAUUACAGAAUGAUAUCGGAGCUAGUCCUGUGAAAACGUUGAACGCCUCUGUUCCUAGUGGCAGUCAGGAGGGCAGUUUGAUAGAUCUGUCCCCGGAGGAGAUGGUGAAUACGAGUGAGGCGCAAUCGGACACUGCCUGUCGACGAGUCGUCAAUAUCCUUGACGAGCCUAUUGACGAUUUGGAACGGCAACAGCAGACGAGUUGGCAGGACGAGGAUCCUCGAACUUAUGCCAACUUCCCUGGCAACGUCGACCCGGCUUAUUCAGAUCCGUUCGAUACUUCCUCGGUAUUCAUGAAGCUGCCUCAUUCGAGAUAUUACAGUCACGUUCCCUCCGACAUGAGUAGCAGGUAUUUCAAGACACAAACGUAUGGAAACGUACAAAAUCAGGACGUUGGCGGUAGCAGCCAGGAGAGUACAAAUUAUUUCACACCAGAGUCCGGCUCGGAUGUGAACCAUUAUUCCCUUAAUCUGAGCAAGGAGAGUAGAAAUGAUAGUAUCAAUUUGAACGUGAACGUGGACACAGAGGAAAAUAAUGCAUAUAGUCAGAAUCACUAUAGUGAGAUCGAUAAGCCUAGUCCACCUAUGGCAAAUUGGUCUAAUUGGCCCGAAGAUAUGCAAAGUGAAGCGCAGACAUACGUGAAUGUCUCUAGUCGGAACUUGCAGACCUCCGACGCACCUCCUCCUCCACCUGUGGCUCCCAACGAGAGUCCUCCGAAACCAAAAUCGAAUCACGACUUGGCCCAAAGUUUAAAUGAGCUAACAAUUAAUUCUUGCAACGUUUCUCCUAAAAAAUUGGACCCUACUUUCCUAGCUGAGCUGGAGAAGCAUUUAGGUGAAAAGGAGGCGAGCAAGAACAUGAUCACCAGCCAACAGAAUCCAGAUUCGUCUGAUCCGUAUGCGUCUGUUAAUAAAUUACAAGAUAGUACAAUUCCAGCAUUAAGGCCUCCACCUCAGACUAUCAAGCGUAAGUCUCCUCAGAUGGACUAUAGAAGCACCAAUCUACCUAGCAAGGUUCAGAAUUCGUGGCCGUCAAAGAGUACGAACAUACAGCAGCCUCCCAGGUCGCAGCCUGAACAACGCUUAGAAACGGCAACAGAACAGAUGGUGGGUCAAAUUUGGCAGCAGUCUCAAGCUCAGCAGCAUAGUGCCUAUGGUACUGCUCAGGGUAACCUGAAUCUGUUGCAAAUAGCUCCUAGCAAUGUGUCCAAGCCAACCUUUAACCACGCACAGAACUCGCUACCGACGGCAAACCAGGCUAGCCACUUUCCAAAUCCCACAUUACCAACUGGCAGUCAUGGGAUAACGCAGAUUCAAAAUGAUCUCCACCAAGCACACUCCAGUAACGUUUCAAAGCCUCCAAAUGUGGUGUUUUCGGAACAAGUGUACGCGGAGUUGAAACAGACUGUACCAAACCUAGACCAACUGUCUCAAAACGAGUUUAACACGCUAUAUAACAAGACAGUGCAGCAGAAUAUUCUAAGGAAUUAUUAUGCAGCUAGUACGUCGGGUGCAGGUGAUUCAGCCAGCAAUCUAAGUCAUAGUCACUACUUGGAGGGAGCUGCAGCCAGCUCCCAGGCUCGUUCUGGUCAGUCUACGAGGAAUAUUUUUGGUCAAGGUCAUCCCUGUGACUUUAGUCCUCACCUGAAGCAGCCUCCGGUAUACAAUCCUCCGCCUCCAGCAACGUGGAGUCCCAUGAAAUCGGUUCAAAACGAUCUUGGACAAGGCCAGACUGCAAUGAAGUCCAAUUUAGCUAGCAAUUUGGCUAACAGUCCCAAUCUACUCCAGCUCACGCACACUAACCAGCCUCAAGAGGGCGCCAUGACGCUGCAAGCAUCCUCGACGAGAUGUCUGCCUCCUCAGAUGACAGAGACGGUCGUUAAUACUCAAUUAGCCCCCUCCACGUCCGCGUACCCCUCUGGUGUCAGCCCCCCAUUGACCGCGGCCUCUCAACAGCUGGUCAUGUCCCUCAACGAUGAAUUUCGAGCGAACAAAGUAAUGAAGGUGCAGAGAGAGGCAGCUGACGCAUCACAACAGGAAAUACUCACCGCGCUACAGGCAACUGGCUGGGACACUAAUCAAGCGGCCAAACAGAUCCUGAAAGACAGGCAGGCGAAGAUCGAGUCCCUUUUUAGAUUGGGCUUGGCAGAUCGACAACAGUGCGAGGGUGCUCUGAAGCAGACUGAAUACGAUGUAGAUUUAGCGGCUUCCCUUUUGUUAGAUCAGGUCAAAUGAAGCCAGAUAUUAAGAGCGCGCUCUUAUUGAAGAUAUUGUAAAGUAACUAUAGCAGUAAAUAUAGGUAUAUGUAUUUAUAAAAGAUAGCCAUACAUUGCGUAAAACGAGGCUACGGGCUCCGAGUAUAAUUAAUUGUCUCCUGAAAAAGACAUCUUCUUAAGACUAUGAUACCGCGUCUCAUAAACGUAAAGCCACCCUAAUAUUCCAAAUUCUAUAAAUUCACAUUUUGUAAUAUUAAACCGUUUACUAUCUUUAUUACUCCUUUUUAUUAUUAAUUCGUACCCUUUGUAUUAUUUAAUAGAAAAAGAAUACAAUUUUCUAGCGGAAUCUUACUUUCAAAAUUAUUUUUAUGAAAAUAUGAAUUUGUAGAAAUAUUAUAUAUGAACCAGAAAUAAUAUGAACAUCUUCGGGCUGGUUUUAUAAUUAUGAGAUAGAUAGGAUAUUUAAAAUUUUUCGAGGCUCUACGAAAGAUUAUAAAAUAAUUUCCGUGAAGGGAAUGAGUAUUGAUAUUUUUCUAUUUCUUUUCUCUUUUAUUUUCACUCCCCUCUUAUUUUACAAUUUGGUAAAAAUGAAGGAGCACAAGUUGCAUUCCAGAAAUUAGAAAAGAAAUAAAGAAAAAUUGCGUGAGCUACCGUAGCGAAUCGUGUCUCCGAAAGUAGAAAAUAAAAUUGUUACUGUUGGGCCAGCGUGUAACUGCAACAUCCACGCAGAAUGCUUUACGACAAGAAGGAUGGCUGGGGAUGAAAGUAAGUUUCUUUCCUUCUGCUUCUUCUUCUUUUUUUUUUUUUUUUUUCUUUUGAGAAUGUUCGAGUCACAUAGUUUUUAGGAUAUGUGCUUCUUAUCAAACAGAAAGUAUAUAUACCAUUUAUAUAUUGUUUAUUUUAUUCUGCAAAAGUAUCGUUCAACAGUGAUUUUUUAAAUGAGUAAUUUUCGCAAAGAAGGGAAAUUUCAUUAAUUUUUCAAGUAUUAUAUAAAUCGAUACUCUUUAUGUUAGAAUACUCAAGAUUCUUUUUAUGUAAACGUAUUCAUUGUUUGUAUAAAAAAGGUUCACUGAAUUUAUGGACAUGUUAUUCAUUUAUGGUGUAAUUUUCAUGCCAUGAAAGUAUUCUUCCAUAUUUUGAAUAAAUAAAGUAUUCUAAUAAAUCCUGUAUUUUUAAGAGGAUUUAAUUAGUGAAGCUAGUAAAAAGAUUUGUAUCUUUAUUCAUAAAGAGAGUCUUCCUAAGAUCGUGAAUGUUUAUGCAUUUAUAGAAAAUUGAAAAACUCACACGCUGUAUCUGAUAUGAAAAAAUAUAGAGAAUAUCAAAAGUGAGCUAGAUAUUCGUUACAGCAGUUAAAGUAUUAACUGAAACAAAGAAAAAAUAAUUUUAGAAAGCUGCAAUCUAAAUUAAGAUAUUUUUAAACCAAUCUCCACUUCUCUCAAAGCACUAGAAUCAUAGAAUGUUUCUUCAAUUUUUAUACUAACUGAUAAUUACAAAUUAAACUAAAUUGAAUUUAGACAAGAUCUAUCAAAGUAAAGAAAAUUAUUUGCACGAACAAUUGGAAUUUAAAUAUUUACCUAUGUAAUUUGCAUAAACAUUCCUCAAAGAACAAACAAAAACCAUCUGCCUAUAUUUGCACCAUAAAUGAAUAAAGUGGUCAUAAGAAUUAAACGGUUACUAUAUUCGACCAUUUCAGUUGGAAUCUGAAGCUCUUCUCAUCGACAAAUGUUUGUGCGCAAAUAGAUUUACGUGACCGCAAGUAAAUCUCAGAGAAAAGCCAUGUGUGUUCCAUAUAAGCUCUGUCAAUUCCGUGAAAAAAAUGGGAACUCUUCUUCUGCUGUUUCAUGAAUAGUUAUGACAGUAUCACUGUGAAAGUGCUUGUAAGCGCCUGACUUUUUAUGAUCGAAUUCCACGAGGAAAUCGCAGAGAAAUUGCAAUUGACGGUAUCAUCGAUGACUAGACGAGAAAAAUUCAUUUGUCGCAAUAACGAUUAAAUCAUUCUGUUAGAAAAGAAGAAUUUUAGCUUGGUAAUUCUUACACAAUAAUUUCAUUUAAAAUAAUUUCACGAAUUGUACUUUGGUUUCUGUCGUUCAAACAUGGCAUAAUUCCCUUCUUGUACCAUAAUUUAUUAACUGGUUCGUUUGGUCCGCCAAUUAAACAACCACAAGUUUUUGUAGAUUUGCAUUGCAAGAAAAUUGUAUAAAUAAGAGUCAAUUCUAAGAUAAAUUUAAACAUGGACGCUUAUCUGUACAUUUCAAUUUACGAAGUUAACGAAUGUGAUCUCCUCAGAAUGGCCCAGUCGUGAUCUUUGUACGUGAAACACGAUAUACGGAUUAAAACGUGGCAAACUCUAAAAUUAAGUAAAAUGAAGUUGACGCUCUCGCGGCGCUAGUGUCGCUCCACUAAUCGUCAUCGUGUUAAUAUUAUUUUAUACGUUUGAACAAAUGAAGAUUCUACUGUAUAACAAGUUUUAAGAGUUUAGCAAGGACCAAUUAUCAUUGCAAAGAGCUUCGGGUCCAACUGACCAAAACCAGAAGCACAUAGAGAAUUCCUGAGGGGCACAAUUCUGUGCAAGCAACGUGCUGUCAAUUCGAAUUGCAUGAUCGACACACAAAGCCAGCUUAGCCGCCAGUUGAAGCAAAAACUGUCUCCGAUCUGGCAUAGUUCUAGCCUUAAACGUACACACAUGGUUGUCGAGUAAAAGCAAUGCAAUCGUGGCUGACGAAAGCGUUCGAGUCCGAUAGAAAUACAGUGACUCACGAAAGUGUUUGCAUACCUAUCGUAGAAAACUUUGAUAUAUAUAUAUUAUAUAUGCUAUACAGGGGGUGCGACGGUUAGGUUGGGUUUAGGUUGAGGUUAGUUAAUCAUAGUAGAAUCGGGCAUGGGGUCAUUCUAAGGGGUGAAAAAAAUAAGGAAAAAUCUCGGGAUAACAUUUUUUCAUCUUUCUUUUUCGAGAGAAUCGAGUUUGAAAAUUUGGUGAGUAGAUUUAAUUCCGGUCUGAACAAGGAUAAAUAAUCGACAUUUAUCGGGCUUUAAAUUGCAUUUGAAAAUAAGACAAAAACGAAGAAUACAAUUGUUCUCACAGGAAGCUGCAUUUCCGAGAAAAAUAAAUUAGAAAAUGUGUCAGGUGUGCUCGCGUACACGCCAGACCAAUUCGUUUUCAAGUAAACGUAUUCAAACAUUGUUUUUUCGGAAACGAGGCAUCCCAUGAAAAAAUUGCAUUCUAUAUUUUCGACUUAUUUUUUCAUGUAGAAUCACCCCCUGCUCGAUUGUACUAUGUUUGCGUCUCACCCUGAAUAAUUUUGAAAUUUUAUUAGCAUUAUAAUGAGAAAUCGUGGUUAUGUUGGUCAAGUUCGUGAUGAUUUUGAAACCAAUUUCCUGUCUCGUUACGAUGCUAAUGAAAUUUCAAAAUCUUUCAUAUAUGACGCAUAAUGUGUACAUAAUAUAUAUAGCAAGAUUUCUACGUGUGAUGGAAUAUUUUGAUGAGCUACUGUAAAUGUACAUGUGUAUAAAAACGAUUUGAUACUGCAUACAGGGGGGAAAGAGAUUGCCAAGUAGCGAGAAGUGUUGAAUUUUCGUAACUGUGAUAUGCAUUACUAAAGGCUCUAGCGUUCAGAAAUAGAAAGAAAAUGAGAGAGAACGAGAAAGAUUUGUUGUCCUUAUUUAGAAUUAGCGAUAUACCGACUAGGUUAUACUCGUCAAAUACGAGAAGUGUACAUAGCCAUUUCUAGCGACUGAGUUAAUAUUAUACGAUUCCUUUUCCCCUUUUUCUUCUUUUUCUGACCAAUGCGAGGUCAAUUAGUUCAAAAGACGUUCGAGUGUAAUUGGGACGUGUGCUUGAUCGUUUCUCCUAACUUUCACUACCGCUGUAUUCUUCUGUGCAGAAAGGAGUUACAUAUUUGGUAGCUUCUUUUCAUAUUGGUCUUUGCAUUAAAUUUUCAAUAAAUCGAAACUGGUUAUCGAUUACUGGUCAAAUAAGUUUUUAAGAAUAACAGAUUUCUUUUGUUUAAAAUUACAAUUUGAUCGAACUUGAUGCUAGAUUUAAUAUUCUUCGAUUUACUUUAGAUUUAAUAGAAAUUCGAAAGAGUUGUUCGUUCCAAUUUCGUGUUAAAGGGUUUUAUCAAGAAUUUUUAAUCGCCGAAAAUGUUAAAAUAGGGUGUAUCCCUAAUCUAAAGUGUAUAAUUUAAGAAACUAUUAUACAUUUAUGAAAAUUCCUUUCUGUACAGAAACAAAUUGUACAAUGAAAACGGGAAACACUGUGAUUGUCAUAGGACAAAAGCCAGCAAAUCCCUAUUUUCCAAAUUUAACCUAAAAAGUCAUUAUUUUUCUAAGUCAACCCGUUUUUAAGAAAAUAGAAAAAUAGUAAACGAGGAAACUAUAAAAAUAGGACACUGACAGAGUUUCCCAUUUCCAUUCCACGAACACAUCUUACCUGAUCGACUGACAUCUCGAUAUAGUUCGAUUAUGGUGUGCACAGAGCGCGCGGGAAAAUACAAAAGCGCGCGAUUCCAUUGCGAUACCGAAAGUUCAGUCGAAAUGAGAUAACUCGUGUUUGAAAAAUCAUGCGAGAUACGCUCUCUAAUUAAUUUCUUGAAAUCCAAUGUCCGACUACUAACCUACUUUGAUCCAAUGUUUCCUAAAAUGUACACGGACGCUUGUGUGUGUCAUGGCUGCCGUUAUGGAUCGAAAAAAAUGUUCGAUACAUCGCCAAUAAAACGUAAAUGACCUGAGAUCCAGGAUUUCCUUCAUUUACAUGGUCAAUAUAUCAUGGUUAAUUAAUGUUAAUGGAUCACAUAAUUGAAGUUAGGGAAAUAUAUACUACCUAACCUUAAACCUUCUGAUGGGUUUUUAGGGUUUAUAGGAUUUCUAUGGAUUCAUAGGAUCUAAGUGAUUCGUGGAUGAGGAGAUUUCUAACUAACGAGCCUUUAAUCUAGAAAGUUAUUGUUAUAUAUUUUACCACUCUGACUAUUAUUGAACGUUGUUUGGGAAGUGUGUGGAAAAGUUUAAAAAAGUUUCAAAAUUUAGAAAUGUAAAAUUUAAUCGACUAAUCGAUAGAUAAGUUUUCUUUCAAAAAUUCUUCGCUGUCUACUGACUUAACCAGUCAUGUUUCGAAAGACUCUCUCUCUCUCUCUCUCCUCUUCUCCUAACAUGAAUUCUUUUAGCAGACAGCGAAAAGCAAAGACCAGAUCAAAUUUCAUAGAUCGAAUUUCAUGCAACUAGUAGUGAAUCAAAUUGGCUCGCCUAAAACCCUGGCGCCACCUUGAUGAAGCAUUGUCCCUCUUAUGACCAAAUACUACGAAAAGAUGAUCAGGCAAGGAGUUAAUUAUCAAAUAUAAACUCCAACUAGAAUUUAUUCAAAUUCAUCUUAAGCUUGAAAGAACGCAAUGAAACUUUCCAAACAACUCACCACUAUAGUUGUUCAAUAUCAAUGUUACUAUAAUGACUAUCUAAUAUUUCUCACCGUCUUUAAGCUUGCCUAGAUUUCUCCAUAAAUAUCAUCGGGCUACGCAGACAUUUUAAACGCCACAUACACACAAUGAUGGAGGAAUCUUCCGAACGAAUCUAACCUAUGAAAGUACAGAGUUACGUCAGAAUUUUGAGGAUUUAAGACAUAAAUAUUCAGAAAUUCUGCUCUUCCCACUUAAUCGUGACAGAUUAAUGUUUUAAUAAAAAAAAUCGUCCGAGUGCUAUCGAUUUAUGGACUUUUACGUUGAAACAGGAAGAUAGCUGAUCGAAAAAGGAACAAAGACGGAAAUUAUCGGUGUUCGGUUGAACGCAUCAAGGAAAGUAGAGGAUGAUUCCGGCUUUCUACCAGUUUCAGUUUUCGAUAGACCGGAACCUGGUGAAUGUUCGCGAGUUUGGGCGGAAAACAAGAGUAUUUUGUUAUGGUCGCCAUCAUGGUACAGCUCUUCAGGGACGAAUCAGUUUAUUUUUAUUUUUCUAAAGAAGAAUUUUUACUUAAAGUUGUCCAGUUUUGUGUCUUUUUUAUUGUUCGUCGAUAGCAGUGACAUAUAGCCAAUAAAAUAAAGGGGCUUUAUACAGUCAACAGUACUUAUUCAAAAUAACGUCCAUAGUAAUUUUUGAAAUCGUAAUUGAAUUUUUAAAACGAACUUAGAUAUAUGCACCAAUGUCCCUGAAGAGACAAAAUGUAUCAGCUGACCGACAAAAAAAAUCGAAGAAAUCUAUUUCCCUUGAUUAUUUAUUUGUGAUUAUCGAAAGAACCUUCAGUUCGACUUUGUAAUUCUAAUUAAUUUUUAUCUAGUACCCACUAAUGUUCAUUUGUGAUCAUAGCGUUAUUACGUUUUACAGCUGCCUUGUGAUUGAUUGAACCUUCGAUUGUAUUAAAUGUAUCGAUUAAUUAUAUUUUGUAUACUGAU